ACGAAUUCGCUCGUCAGUGCUCACCAAGAACGGUUAAACAAUACAAGAUGAAAGUGAGGGUCGCCGCUUUUUUGCUGUUGCUUUUCAUCGCUUAUCAUCACGUAUCAAGUCUGGAAUGUAAUGCUUGUACAAGUUCAACCUCGUGGGACGAUUGUAAAGUUUCACAGGAAAAGUGUCUUCCCCAACAAAACCAAUGCAUCAAGGUCUACUUUAAGUAUGGCGGAAGUGAAAUAUUCUCCAAGGGCUGUGCUCGUGAGCUCUCUUGUGGAAGCUCAGAAAAUCCUAUCUGUGGAGAAGCCGCUGGCUCUGAUAUCACUUGUGAUAUCACCUGUUGCAAUGACAAAGACAACUGUAACGCAGGCUCAGCCCUAUCUUUCAGCAGUUUCUUAUUCUUGGCAUGCGCAUCGGCGUCAUUAAUGUUUUACGUGAAAUUUUGACAUUACAGCUCAGUUGUAU